ACAGCACUAGUCCCGAGAACCAGCAGCUCAGACUAGUAUCCAGCCACUCGGACACGUCUAGCCUUAUUCCUGCAGCAGACACUUCACUCAACCACCUGUUGCCAAAUCAGUGAAAGCAUUUAUUUGACUCACUCGUGGUGUGAGAGCUCUGAGAUCAUUCAGAUCACUGCAGAUCUGAGAGCCGACAUCAGCAGAUGAUGAAGAUGCAGCAGCACUCGCACAUCUUUCUAGCCCUUAUCCUUGCAGUCUUCAUCUUUAGGAUAGCUCUGUCUGGUCCCUCUGUGGUCAGAGUGAGACGCCAAAACAUGAAAGUCCGCAUCAGCACCACAGGAGACACCAUUGUGAUGAAGUUUUUGCGUCCCAACACUGACACCAGGCUGGAGGGAUACAUCCUGGGAUACGGUGGCAGCAUGUUCUCCAAACAGUUUAUUCAGCUGCCAGAAGAUGGACAACCAUAUGAGACAGAGUUUGAUGCUGAGCCCAAGUACCUUAUAGCUGUCCAGCCUAUUCCUGCUAACGAGGUGAAGAAGCAGUGCACAGGUAAAGUGGAAUUGCAGAAGCCGCUGCACCUGGUCAUUGGGUCGGUGACGCCCACCUCAGUUCUUCUGUCCUGGGGGACGCUGCUGAAAACCCCUUAUGAAGGCAAUGUCAUGAAUGACUGUCUAGAGGAUGGACACUACACAGUGCGUUACCGUGAGAAGAACAGGAAGUGGAACUACCAGACCUGUCCAACAAGCGAUACAGUCAUUGACAAACUGAAGCCAAACACAGUCUAUGAGUUUGGUGUCCAGCCAAAUUCUAAGGAUGGCACCGGUGUGUGGAGCAGGCCGGUUGUUCACAACAUCAGCAUGCCAGGAAUCGAAGAGAAGGUCAUCAGGAAAAUCUUUAGGCCUCCAGUCAGCCCUGCGAAACCUGUACCUUCAGGUCCCCGUUCCUUGCCCUCAUUUCCUCACCUCGCUUCCUCAGUCCAAAACGAGACCAGGGGCAGACUGCCCCUCUCCAGGAACAUAGCCGCACAGACGACUCUUGCUCCAACCACAACCACAACCAAAACCACAACUACUACUAAGGAAACCCUGUCUACUACUGGACCUGCACCUGCUGUGAUCAACAAACAGCCAAUUGGAGGAGGAGACCUCUCCAGAUCUGAGGUCCCAUUAACUCCCAAGCUCCAUCCUUUACUACAUAUAACAACCACCGUGGCACCUGUGCCAGUAGUCCAGGCAAAUGUGGAGAAUCGUGGAGGGCACGUACAACCUCAACCUAACUUGAAGCUCCAGCAACAGUAUUCAGUACUACCAAAGCCCAAACCCCAACAGCCUCAAACGAAGCCCAGAGUUAAUGCUCAACGUCUGCCAAAGCCCCAUGACCAAACUGUGACACAACCCCACAGAACAUCCCAGCCCAAAAUCCAGACGCAACCACAACCCCGGACAACACCCCAGUCCAUAAUUCAGAUCCAACCACAACCCCACACAACACCCCAAAUCAAAGUCCAAACCAAAUCAAAACUCCACACAACACCCCAGUCCAUAAUUCAGAUCCAACCACAACCCCACACAACACCCCAAAUCAAAGUCCAAACCAAAUCAAAACUCCACACAACACCCCAGUCGAAAAUUCAGAUGCAACCACAACCCCACAUAACACCUCAGUCCAUAAUUCAGAUCCAACCAGUACCCCACACAACACCCCAAUUAAAAGUCCAAACCAAACCACAACCCCACACAACACCCCAGUCCAAAAUUCAAAUGAAACCACAACCCCACACAACACCCCAGCAGAAAGUCCUGAUCCAACUACAACCCCACACAACAGUCCGUACUAAGCUCCAUGCACAGCCAAAACCCCUAUCAACAGCCCAGCCUAUAUUUCAAACAAAACCUCAACUGCAAAUCCAAACAACAGUCCAGCCCAAACUCCACACCCAACCUCAACAAUACCUGGCAGUAUCCCAGCCUACAGAGCAUACCCACCCCCUUUCACUGCCUCAGACAAAACCAAAACCCCAAUCACAUCUUCAAACCACACCACAUCUUGAAUCAGAACCACAGCCUCAGCCAACACCGUACACCAAACGCCAGGCCCAACCUCUAGCACAAGAGCAACGUAAGACCCAGACACAGCCUCAGAGACAAGAUCAACCAAGUUCCCAAACCACUCCUGUGUCAUCCAUUCAAUCCACUUAUCCAACACCCCAGCACAUUCCCUAUACCAAGGAAAGACCGCUAAAGACUCAAACUCAACCUCAUCCACAAAAUAAAUCUCCAAAUCCACCACAUAAACAAAAACAGAUUAAACCAAAGACACCACAACAACAGCCAGGUGUAAGUACCAGGCACAAGUCUGGAAUCCAACCAGCAUCAAAACCAAGCAUAAUUUCUUACCAUUCCAAACCCUCAACACAACCCGAACCCAAGAACCAGACCAAGCCCCAACCACUCUCUCAACCAAAAAGGCAGCCCAAGCUUCACCCAUCAACUCAACUGAAAAAGCUUCCAAAAAGUCCUUCAAAGCCAAUAAUUAGGGAUAAGCAAAACUCUCCACCAAAAAUUCUGCCACAGUUAAAAUUACAACCUCCAAAAAAUACCCAGGACCAUGUUGUACCUCAACCCAUUACCAAGCCACAGUUUCCAUCAAAGGCCCAGUCACAACAUAAACCUAACCCCCAACUUCCAUCUAAGCCCCAACCUAAACCUCAAGCUGGGCUUCAGCCUCAUUCCAGGACCUACUCUGAUCCCACCAAGGUCACCUCAAAGCAGGCAGUCCCUACGGCUCCUAGUCCACAAGAAGAGGGCAAGCCUCUACCAAGACCUGCCCUGGCUACAGAGAAGGCUGGUAGAUACAAUCAUGGUAAACACCAUGGUCCUGGUGUUCUCGGGUCGUCUGAAGUUCCUCGUUCUCCCAUUAGCUCAUCUGUUCCUACAGCAGGAAGAAACACCACCCUGCGUCGCACAUGGGUUCCUUCUCAUUCCACUAAUCAUGUUGCCAGACCAUUCUCACCAUCCAGGACAGUCACUUCCUCUCACAGUUCCAGCACACCUGGCGCAGCCAGUGGGGCGCAUCAUAGGGGCAAUGCUCUUCCUAGACGUAUGGUGUGGCCCAAAGAAAAACCCGUUCUGCGUCCCUCUGUUACUGGCAACAAGAAGCCCAACCUGGUGGGAAAGCCUAGCAGUCAUGGCAGUCAUGAUAAACUCAUGGACCUGAAACAAGGAGAAAAGGCGUCUAUCUUGAAGCCGUUCCCGCUGGUCACAGCCAGACCCAAGCAAGAGCCUAAACAGCAGACGACCACCGCAGCCCCUGCUCUAAACACCAGCCGUUUUGACAUAUAUGAAAACUCCUCCAUAUUCAGGCCCCUGCCUAAGUCAGAGGUAGACAGUAUGGGCAACCCGCGCUUUAUAGCUCCCCACGUCAUCUACAAGACGGAUAAGCCGCCAGAAGAGCCGUGCUCUAUCACCUCCUCCCUCGCUUACUUCCCCGAUGAGGAAGGCAGCGAUCAGAAUGUGACCGGUCCUCCCCGCCUACCUCCAUCCAACCUCACUGUGGUCACCGUGGAGGGUUGCCCGUCCUUUGUCAUUCUUGACUGGCAGAAAACCGACAACGAAACUAGAGAGUAUGAAGUUGUGUCCACCACGACAGGCCCGAAUGGAAGGGAGAUGUCAGUAUUGACAACCAACCAGACCCACACAGCCGUGGAGAAUCUCAAACCAGAGAGCAGUUAUGAAUUCACAGUAACACCGAGGAAUGAGCUGGGAACGGGACCCUCCUCCGAUCCUGUAACUUUUAGCACAGAGUCAGCGGACCCUCGAGUGAGCGAGUAUGUUUCAGGCAAAGAUGCCAUCUGGACUCAGUUUCCGUUUAAAGCUGAUGCCUACUCUGAAUGCAAUGGAAAGCAGUUCGUGAAGAGAACCUGGUACCGAAAGUUUGUGGGCAUCCAGCUCUGCAACUCCUUAAGAUACAAGAUCUACCUGAGCGAGACUCUCAAUGGGAAGUUUUACAACAUAGGGGAUCAGACGGGAUACGGCGAGGACCACUGUCAGUUUGUGGACUCUUUCUUGGAUGGCAAGACUGGCAGCCAUUUUCUGGCAGACCAGCUUCCAAGCAGACAAGGCUUCUACAGAGCGCUGAGACAAGAGCCCGUUUCCUUUGGAGAGAUCGGAGGAAAGUCGCACACGACUUACGUAGGCUGGUAUGAGUGUGGCACGCCCAUACCUGGAAAGUGGUAAGAACCCACAGGACUGUCCAGGAGGAUGGACUUAUCAUGGACUAAGUAGUGAGGAAGAAGAUGGACAUCGAAGACGCCUGAGUGAACCUGAAGGGAGGUGGGCUUUUCUUUCGUGGACUCUGUAGACGGCUCUAUCUGUUUAAAAUCACACCUCUGUCCUGGACGUGGACUUCUACAGAACUAUUAGGCGUCACAAAACUCUCUAGAGUGCAUUUCUUGAUCAAAAAUGUCCCUAGGGACAAAAGAAUGCAGAAGUUGGAGUGAUCCAAAAUGUUGAACAUACAAUUAAUCACAAGAGAAUAUGUUGGGAAGCUGGCUCCCAAAGUGUAAUAACUUGAUAUAAAGUAUGAUAAUAUUUAUCAAGAAUAUUGAAUCGUGUGUGCUCGGGCUUUUGAGAUAAACUAAAAAGACGUGCCCAGUAUUUGUAUUGCGCGCCCGCACUGGUCAUGUGUAUACAGACAGGUGCCAAUCAUAUGUUCAUUGUACAGGUUGAUUGUAAAAUACACAAACACACAGAGAUGCAGGAGUCACCUUCUGCUGGCUCUAAGGGAUUAUUAACAGUUGCAGUUUGCACAGUAUUAAACGUCUGCUCAUAUAUGUAUAUGGUGUCAAAUACAGUUUAUUAAGUGUCCGACAGAUGGUGGUAAAAGAGAUUUCAGGUAAAAGAGAAUAAUCAGUGGCUCAGGCCAGCAUUUCUAUGGGAGCAUUUAGAAACGAGACUUGAUGCCAUUAAUGUCGCCUUGUCCUGUAUUUUAUAGAGUAAAAAUAUAAUAGAGCUUCAAAGUGGAAACUGCACAAGUAGAAUGUGUUCUCUAGUCUUAGCUGUGCAAAAGAUUAAAAGAAAUUGUGGCCUUUAUGGCUACAGUGAUUUGAUGCAUUGUGUAUAAUUUCAGCAAUCGAUCCUGUUUUAUUCUUAUUGGCAAACAGACAGAGAAAGUGGGGAUAGUUAGGGACAUUAUCUCCCUCGAGCACCACAGACUGACUGAUACGUGUGUAAAUAUAUAUUAUAGAGACAUGGCUGAAUAAAUGUCAUUAAAAAAGACUUUCGAUUUGUAAUUAAACCAUUAACUCGUUAUGAGAGUGUUCAAGUGAGGUCAAAGGUAUAAGAGCAGAAGUUGUUUUGUCAUAGACGUAAAUGUAUCCUGGGGUCUCACCCCCUGCUGGCUAACAGAAAAAAGUGCAGCCUAAAAGCACUAACACUUUGGCUUCACUUUCAGACCCGUACAGUCUUUACAAAAAAGUAAUAUAAAGGAGAAACAGCUGACCUGUUACUUUCAAGCACCUUUAAAUCCCACAAAUCAACAGGUUAUGUGAUUUAACUUGUACAAAAAUAUAUAGAUUUAAAAAAAAAAGUUAAAGACCAUUCACAAUUUAAGGUUAUGUGAACAGUUAACUACACCGUAACAGGUUGUAACAAGUCAUUGCCUCUCAACCUGAGAAGACUGAAGUAAAGUUACCAGUCCUAUCGGGAAAUAGUCUGAUGUAAUAUAUAUGUUACAUAUAUGUAUGUAUCUUUGUAAUAAAUG